AUGGCAGCUGCAAGGUCUGCCGCUGCUGCUGCUGCAAAUGAUGCCCAUGCCGAAGAUGAUGCUGGAGGGAUUUGGAAACAAAUCCUCCAGCCUGAAAGGUGGUCUAUCAAGAUUAGGGUCUGGGCCCCCCCCUUAACCACCCGUCUCCCAGAGCAUCCGGAGAGCAGCUCAGACCCGGCUCGGGACCCGGGAGGAGGAGGAGGAGGAGGAAAUGGCCGGCGGCCGGGCACAGGCGAGGCGGCCUCUCAGCGGACUGCGUGCGGCCUGCAGGUGACCUUCCGAGACGUGGCCGUGGACUUCACGCGGCAGGAGUGGCAGCUGCUGCGGCCGGUGCAGAGGGCGCUCUACAGGGACGUCAUGCUGGAGAACUACAGAAACGUGGCGUCGCUGGGACAUCCUGUUUCCAAACCCAGCGUGAUCUCCCAUAUCCAUCAGAGAAUUCACACUGGGGAGAAACCCUUUGGGUGUGGUGACUGUGGACAAGCCUUUAGUCAACAGGGCCGUCUUAUUCAACAUCAAAGGAUUCAUACAGGAGAGAAGCCCUUUAAGUGUAAAAAAUGUGGAAAAGCCUUUAGCCAAAAUAUACACCUUACUCAACAUCAGAGACUUCAUACUGGGGAGAAAAUCUAUAAAUGCAAUGAAUGUGGUAAAGCCUUCAGCAACAGCUCAACUCUUAUUCUACAUAAUAGGAUUCACACUGGAGAGAAACCAUAUGAAUGUAAUGAAUGUGGAAAAACCUUUAGCCAGUACACAACUCUUAUUCAACACCAGAGAAUUCACACAGGAGAGAAGCCCUACAAAUGUAAUGUCUGUGAAAAAACCUUCAGCCAGAGCACGAGCUUUAUCCGUCAUCAGAAAAUUCAUACUGGAGAGAAACUUUACAUAUGCCAUGAAUGUGGACAAGCCUUCAGUCAGCAAGGAAGUCUUACUAAACAUCAAAGAAUUCAUACUGGAGAGAGGCCCUAUAAAUGUCACGAAUGUGGAAAAGCCUUCACCCAGAGUAUGAACCUUACACGACAUCAAAGAAUUCACACUGGAGAAAAAUUAUAUAAAUGUAAUGAAUGUGGUAAAGCUUUCAGCAAUGGCUCAUCACUUACUCAACAUGAGAGGAUUCACACUGGAGAAAAACCCUAUAAUUGUAGUGAAUGUGGCAAGGCCUUCAGUAAUAGCUCCUCAGUUACCCAACAUGAAAGAAUUCAUACUGGAGAGAAACCUUAUAAGUGUAAUGAAUGUGGAAAAGCCUUCACACAUAGUAUGAAUCUUACACGCCAUCAAAGAACUCAUACAGGAGAGAAACCCUAUCACUGUAAUGAAUGUGGAAAAUCUUUUAGCCAGAAUAUGAACCUUACCCGACAUCAAAGAAUCCAUACUGGAGAGAAACCCUACAAAUGUAAUCAAUGUGACAGAGCCUUCAACCAAAGCACAUCUCUUGCUGAGCAUCAGAAAACACAUAGGAAAGAAGCUGAGAAAUAUAAUAAAUGCAAUCAGGCUUUUAGCUGCAGCUGA